AUGAGCUCCGAAGGGAGUGUAGCUUACUGCACUCUUCUAUUGAGCGAUCAUUAUCUCCCUGGAGCCGUGGUCCUCGCUCACUCCUUGCGCGACAAUGGAACAAACGCGAAACUAGUGGUCCUCUACACGCCGGACACCUUACAGCCGGCUACCAUUCAGGAGCUUCGGACGAUAUACGAUGAACUUAUCCCCGUUCACCCGAUGACGAACAGCACCCCGGCGAACCUCUGGCUGAUGGAGCGUCCGGACCUGAUAGCCACGUUUACUAAGAUCGAGCUCUGGCGACAAACGCAGUUCCGGCGCAUUGUAUAUAUUGAUUGUGAUGUUGUGGCGCUCCGAGCCCCCGACGAGCUGCUCGAUCUCGAGGUGGAUUUCGCCGCUGUCCCGGAUGUCGGCUGGCCGGAUUGCUUUAACAGCGGGCUGAUGGUGCUGCGACCCAACCUGGAGGAUUAUUUCGCCCUGCAGGCGCUCGCAGAACGAGGCAUCAGUUUUGAUGGCGCGGAUCAGGGCUUGCUGAACUUGCAUUUCAAGGACUGGCAUCGACUCAGUUUCACCUAUAACUGCACACCCAGCGCAAACUAUCAGUACAUACCGGCCUACAAACAUUUUCAGAGUACAAUUAACUUGAUUCAUUUUAUCGGAUCCCGGAAGCCUUGGAACAUGUCGAGGCAGGUGGCUCCGGCUGAUUCGCCUUAUAACCAGUUACUGGGCAGGUGGUGGGCGAUUUACGAUCGGCAUUACCGUCCUGUCGCGAGAGCUGCGAGUGUCCCGGAAUACAUCCCCAAACAUGUCCCGGAGAACACUGAUCAGCCAGAGGGCGAGCCUACUCCUCUGCAAUCUGAUAUUGCAACUCAUCAACCAGACCUGCCUGUGGAGCCAUCUUCGUCGACAGCUCUUCCGCACAUUCCGUCAGACCAAAGUCUUCCGAGCUCUGAAGGAUUACCGGCCGAAAAACGGCGCGUGAUACCAUCAGAACCAGCCUGGGCACCAACGCCGGCGCCGCAGCAAAUAUCGAGUGGAGAUGAUUCCACGCCACAUGAAGCUGAACAUGGCGAACAUCAUGGUCCCAUCUCUAUAGAGCCGCCUGUCGACAUCCCCCAGCCACGAACAGAAGAACCUCAGUCACAUAUUACCCGAAACGUGCAAGCACCCUUUUUCAGUGCUGUUCCACAGUAUGUACGGGGGGAAGAGCACAUAUCGGCUUACAUAGAACCGCAACCGCAUGGGGCUCCGUCUGUCACGCAUAUAGAGCAGCGAUCCUGGGUCCAAUCAGACGUCGGCCCACUGACGUCGUACCCGCCAUCUUCAGGUGCUAUUGAGACUCAAGCCAGUGGCCAACCACAGGAAGGUCCUUAUGGAGAGGAAGAGCAUCCGGUAGAGCGAUCCUCGCCUAGGCCUGAAACCCCGACUUUUGAAGCCCCCAAGGCAGAAUGGGACGCACCUCAUGAGCCUCCACCUUUGAACAGCAAGCCCGAAGCUAUUGCUUUGGAACUGAAGACAUACACCAUGUCAGAGGAUAACCAGCUGUUCCAACCGCCUGUCUCAUAUCCGGAAGCCCCCAAAAACAUGUACUAUGAUGUGCCGGAAACCAAACCUGAGCCUGAAAAGCUCACGCAAAUAUUCCCCUGGGAGAGUCACAUGCCCAAGCCCACUCGGGUGUUUGUGGACGAUGAUCAAAGUACUCUUUCUCUUCCGAGCCAUAGCAGCACAAGGAUCUCCACAGAGUUCUCCAAAGAAGACUCGAUGUCGCGAUCUCUGGAAUCAGCUUUUACCUGGACUUACAGCGAGCCUCCGGAGUCAUGGGAAAACUAUACCAGGUCCAACGCAUGGGACGACGUCCCGGAGAUUCAACGGUAUAUCCAAUCGAUCCAGAAGCCUCGGAAGGCCAGGGUUCAGGUGAUAUCGGGUACAUCCAGUUCUGGACAUGGAUCCUCAGGGCAAACAAUACCGGAACCAGGCUCAGACACACGGUUGACUCAUUUCCCCAGCGAAAUUGAGCGUCCCAGUCUGCCAGUCACGCCAAUGCCCAUCAGGAGAAGGUCGUCACACAUCUUCAGCACAUCGGAAGAAGAGGAAUUCACCACGGGCCAACUACCCGUUGCCGAAGGAGUGCCGAGCCAGGAGGACUGGGUGGGUGUCACGGUUGAUGUGUUUUUGCAUCUCCUUCGAGCGGCAUACUUAUACUGGACUUUAACAGAAUCCGUUGACACGCCUCGAAGAGCUGCAACGGCGUCAAUCAGAGGUUCUAGAGAACCCAGAUCUACUCAUUGA